AUGGCUAAACAACUUCAACAUGAAUUACAAAAAUUGGAUCCAACUUCAAUUAUGAUAAUUACUCCCAAAGAAAUUAUUUAUCAAGACAAAACUCAAGUAAUGCAAGCCCCUUUGAAGCUUACUGAUACUCAGAAAAUUCGACAAAAAUUGCCUUUAUAUAUCAAGGACCUUCAGAAACCUAUUACAAGUGCUGGCCUACAAAACAUGGUAGAAGUUUUUGGCCAUUCCUGGGAAGAUAAGAAUGGUGCUAUCGACUUGAAGUUGGAUCUUGAAAAGGACCUAAAGAUCUUAGCUCAUAUGUAUGACUCUAAUUUUGAGGUACUAAAACAAGAAGCUUAUCGUGUCUACUUAGAAGAAGCUAGCGAUUUUACUAUUCCUGACAA